AUGCAAUUAAACGCAAAAAUUUUACAGAAUAAUGAUAAACUUGUGGAAAAUACCCCCAAAAUUUACAGCGGAAUUAUAAUCGAAUCCUCCGAGAUCAUCCUAAAUUGUUUCAAAUCGCAGAUACAACAAUAUCUUUAG